AUAGGAAAAUGACGUCUGAUGAGGUGCACAGAUCAAUGUAGGUUUUGAGCUUUUAGAUAUUACAGAAAAGCCUGAGUGGUUCGCCUACACAAGAGUGACGACUCUUUCGUGUGCGGUGAUUCGGUGAAGUGCUCACCGAUAGGAGCAGGGCUGCGAAGGGGUUUGGAUACUACCGUACGUUCGGAGCCCUUUCCUACUGUAUAGGUACAGGUCAAGCAGCCUUACAGAUGUGGGGGUUUAAUACAGAGAGCCGGUUCCCUGCACAGAGUCGACUAAAACUAAUAUUAAGACCAUGUGGGUGCCCAAUCCUCGCUGAGCGACGCAGGCCGUGUGCAGACCUCUCAUGCUUUUGCCGAAAAUCAUUGGUUCUCCUUAUCUGCAAUCCACGGAUGUUGGCUAGCAAUAUCCAUAUGCAUAAAACCUCAAUUAGGUUUUCUCCGUGUGAUAGGACACAGGUGCAGAGGAUAAAUCAACAGUUUCUCUACACGCAGAAACGAGUGGAAACCACGCCAGCCGCAUGGCGAACAGUGGUUUACUCUGAUACCACAGGAGCCGAGUGGCCCACUCCAACUGUACAGAAUGGCGUACUUGUGCACAGUUACUGAGAAGACGAGGAGGUGCGGCAGUUCCUGCGAUGCGAUGGCAAGUUCGAAUUGUGCUAGCCAAGGACGCAGAACUUGACGGCCAGAAGAUGAUAAAGUUCCAGGUCUUUUGAUUGAACCGCUCGAGGAAAAAGGUUCAUGUUUCAUCGGGAACGCAUACGUGCGGUGAGUAAAAAACACCAGAAAGUAUUAUUGGGGCGCACAAGGAUCAAACUUGGACUCCAAGUCGAAGGUUCGUGACACCAGGCCCCGGGCGCUCCAACAUAAAUCGUCUUUCCACUUUCUUUAAAAUAUACCGCUUUUAUCGUAUCCUGCACCUCUAGCGACACCAUGAUAGACCACAAACAUUCUACUGUGUAACUUGUAGCGGGUCCAAAACUGCGACACGAUGGGCCACAAUCAUUCCACAGUUUCUUCUCUGAUAGCGGCUGGAUAAUUUAUAAUCGGUCCUAGCUUCUAAGGUCAUCUUGCGUAAAUCCUUAGAACAUUGCCUAUGUAGACCUAUGCGAUACGAGCUUUCCUUCUUUAAUUCUCACAGCCACCCGCAAGCUCCAAAAGAUGCCUAGCAUGAAAUGGGACCUGCACCACAGACACGGCGCUGUAGACAAGAGAAAACGGGGGCUGAUUGAAUCAUGUUCGAGAGGCUCCAAAAUCCCAAGAUUCUCUUCCACCUGCGAGUUGAACUGUAUCAGAACACGCCUGCGAUGCUGAAAUAUUGCGGAGCUUCUUUUGGUAAUUAUUGGCCUCAUAGGAACUGAUAUCAAUCCAGAUGACUGCAUGAGACGAGUUUUGCGAACAAGACACCGACGACUAUUUAAAUAUAUCGUUGCACAAUACUGACUGGUCAAAGGGGUCUUUUGUAAUUGGGUGUGGUUGGAUUAGCCUAAUCUGAACUCCGUGUAUUAUCCGACUAAACUGAAUCGAUGCGGCACCCCUUUGAAAGUGAAUAGUUUGAUACACCUGCAGAUUCUGUUUUGUUUGUUCUUCGGAUUUCUGAUCAUGCCAUUGCAGUAAACAAUUAACACAUAAAUCAAAUUGUGUUCGUCAGGCGUUCCACUGCUAUGUCCUGUCCUUCGUUAAUUGUCUCAGGAUGGUCUCUUCCGUUUAG